CUUUCUUGUCCUUUUAUGAAAUUGAAUUGUUUGUAUCAGUGAUAAGCAAAUAAAGUGCCCAUCGAAAAGCUUAGUGGAAUGACACUGAAUGAACAGCAAAAUGUUUAUCUAGGGAGAAUUUACUGAGACAUUGAAAAGAUUCGAACUUUCAAAUUUCUGAAUUUUGUAAUUUUUUAACUUUCGGAUUACGGAAAGUGGUACACUACUUUUGGUGACACCACAAUAAUAUUAGCGAUCGUUGUAAAUUUCAUUGAUUAAUGUAUUCGAAAAGAUUCUAAUAUGUUACAAAUAUAUUAUGACAGCAUUUUACGAUGUUCUCAAUUUUGAAAACCACUUGUCCAUGUUACUACGCGUACUUGUGUUCAGUGAAACUUUAUAAUCUGUCAUCAAUAACCAAUAAAACAAAAAUCCAUUUUAUUGCAUCACUGAUUUUCUGAACUCUAAACUUUAAAAAAGAAAGUAGUAUGUAUCUGAUUCUAAAACUACGCAAUUCUGUAAACACCUUUUAUUGCUUUUUUUCGUUCACUGCUAAUGAUUCCUGAUAGAUAUUUUUUCGAUGGUAAUAUCGAUGAGUUGCAAAGUAUAGAAGUUGUUCUUCAUAGUUGCUACAAUUCUGUGUAUAUUAUACUUAAAAAUGUUAUAAGUACUCAUAAUUAUAUACUGUGCAUAAAAUUCCGUAAAAUUUGUGGGCGUUAAACUUGUCGUGAGUUGUCAAAACUUAAAAAGCGCGAAUUCGAAAUUUCGGUUUUUUACGCAGGCCCUGACAAUGAUAAUUAUUUAAAUUUUACAUACGAUCUUUCAGCUAAAGAAAACUUGAAAGUGUGAAAGGUCGUUCAAUAGCGAAUCUCGAGUUCCGAUCCUGGACAGUUGGACAAUUCAGUCAGUGACGGGCGUUCGACGAGUCCGCAUGGUUGUGUUCAUACAAAUAUUCAUGCAAGUACAUAUGAUCUUAAGAAGUCGAAGUUCAGAACAAAAAGUAUUUUUAUCUAAUCGUCAAUUGUACCUGAAACCAGUAAAUAAUCCUUUGUAAUCAGUUUGUUAAUCGAAUCGAUUUUGUGUUAGCGUUGCGCAAUUAACGUUAAAUACAUGGAAAAAUGAUGUUAAUAAAAUGUUUCGUAAAAUCUAAAUACAAUAAACCGUGAUAUAAGUGUCAUUUCAAUUCUGUUUUCUUUAUGUAACGUUCGCCGGACAAUUGAUCGUUUUGUGAUCAGAGACUGCACUUAGUUGUCAAAAAAUGCCUACUCAGUUUAGUAAGUUCAUCGACACAUCCUGUAAGGAAUUUUUACAUCCAUGGGAAGACUCGUGCAUCAAUGCAACAACCGGUCUUGGCUUGCAUACCCUGCAAGAAAGCGUCAAGAUAUAUUGCACAGUUUACAUACUUGCAUUUCUAAUGAAAGGAAAAAAACCAUCUAAAGAAGACAUUAAAAAAACGAUAUUGGGUAUAUUACAAUCAACAGCUUUCCUUGCAUGGAAUUCUCUUUCAUAUUCUAUGUUUAUUUGUACUAUAAGACAUUUACUUGGAGGCUUUACAAUUUGGAGCGUAUCAUUUCUUCCAUCCUUCUUAUCUAGUUUGACAGCUAUUUUAAUUGAAAGACCACCUCGACGUACUUUACUAAGUCUAUAUGUAGCUAAUGUAGCAACAGAAUCAAUAUUUUUAAUGGGAUUGGCAAGGAAUUAUUAUUCCUCCAUUCCAAAUGGUGGAACAUAUAUUUUUGCAACAAGCAUAGCAUUGUUACUUUAUUUCUUCCGCUCUAAAACAAAUAAACAGGAUUCUAUAUAUGGAAUACUUAGAAUUCUUGUUGGACGAUACGAAGAUCCUGAUUAUAUUAAACAGAGUGACUCACAGUCCAAAUUGCAAACAUCUUCUGACAGUGAAAGUUCAACAAAAGUAAAUCAUAUAAGUAAAAAGUGUAAUAAAAAGAAUUUAAAUAUUUUCAUGAAAUCACUUGAAGCGUAUCAGAAAAUUAUUGAUCAGUUAAAACAAAGAAGUAAACAUAGUCCAUGUCCACAUCCUCAUAGUUGUACUCAUUAUGUUUUAAAAGGUGGCAUCAAAGUUCUUGGCUAUGCUCUGAGUGCUCAACUAGUAGUUAAGUUGUUUUUCCAAAUGAAAAACUUAUUUAAAAAACCUCAAUUGUUAAAGUCUGCAAUUUUUAAAAAAAGUAAUCUAAAUUUGGCUGUGUUUUUAGGAAGUUUUACAGGACUUUAUAGGCUAGUGUCCUGUUUAUUAAGGAGAUCUUUUAAUAAAGAUUCUAGUUAUUAUGCAAUUCCUGCUGGACUGAUAGCUGGUUUAACAUUUAUGGCUUACAGUAGCAACACAAUAGCUUUAUAUUUUAUGUGGAAAGCGUUACAGUUAUUAUGGAAUGAUCUCACAGAAAAAAAAAUUGUACCUGAAGUAAAAUGGUUCGCAAUCUUUUUCUAUAGCUUUAGUACAGCAGUGCUCUUUCAUGCAGCUGUCUUAGAACCACACAAUUUACGAACAUCGUAUUGGAAGUUUUUAUAUAAUAUAUCUGGCGGAAGAAUAGCAGUAAUGUCGCGAAUACCAUUAGAUCAGUUUGGUUUGGAAUCGUCUCGACGUCUUGCAGAGGUGCUUAGGAAAACUAAUACUACUGAUAAGCAUACUUUUAAGUUUUAAUUUAAUGGUAUAAAUAAGGAAAAAGGUGUACUGCAUUUUAU